GGCAUUUUUUUCCCUCCUAGGUUCACCUUGCCCUUAAUCCAUGUGAAGUCCCGUUGGGAGCACCUUCUAGAACCAGCACAGUCUCUGGUCUCUAAUAAAUCGUGUUGUGUCCAAGGAGAGCCCGUCCAAAUGAGCAAGACAUCGCAGCAGAACAGCGCUGCAGAUGCCCACGGAGUGAGCGUGAUCCACAGCCAGCCCCACGGCAGCGGUCUGCAGCAGGUCCCCCAGCUGGUGCCCGUCAGCCCCGGCGGCGGCGGCAAAGCCGUGCCCCCCAGCAAGCAGGGCAAGAAAAACUCCUUUGUGGAUAGAAACAGUGACGAGUAUCGUCAGCGCAGAGAGAGAAACAACAUGGCAGUGAAAAAGAGCCGGUUAAAGAGCAAGCAGAAGGCACAGGACACGCUGCAAAGGGUCAACCAGCUCAAAGAAGAAAACGAACGUUUAGAGGCAAAAAUUAAGCUCCUGACGAAGGAGCUGAGCGUACUGAAAGACUUGUUCCUGGAGCAUGCCCACAACCUGGCAGACACCGUGCAGCCCGUCGGCACCGAGGCCAGCGCCGCAGACCCCGACAGCAAGGGGCAGUAGGGGCGGUGGGACCCCCACGGACUCCCCCCGGGCAGCUCCGCCGCAGCCUCCCAGCCACCCAGCACAAACUCUCUUCUUUUAACCAUCCUUUUGUGGAGAUUUUCUUCUUCUUAGGUUUAACACUGAAGAUUUGAUACGAUUAAACCAGAAACUGCUUCGGGCAUUUGUUUUAAAUAUUUUUCUCCUCUAAAAGACUCCUCUAAUAAACGCAGAUCUAAAUUCAUAGCCCACAAGGAGCUUAGAAUUAGGGAAAUAGCAUUUUCACAGAAAUGUUCACUUACCUUCUUACAGCCUGCCUCACGGGAGGAAUCCAGCAGGAUGGGUCACUGUAGCAUCAGAAACUCAGAGUGGGAUAAAACAUCUUUUAAAUACCUUUUUGUGUAUUUAAGCCCUUUGCUUUCCCCAUUACACGUUACACAGCUGCAAAGGCCGGUGUUUGCUUUCCUCUUUGGAGGAGAACAUGAAUCUGCAGAGCGAGUCCUGUAAAGCAGCAGGUGGGUCAUUCCUGUGGGUGAUGUGGGGGGCAGCACUGGGGGGCCUGCGGGAGAGCAGCAGCACAGCCUGGGGGUCCCAGCCGGGCCCGAAGCACCGCGCUCAGGAGGGGCAGCAGCAGCGACAGAGCCCCUGACGCCCCUGCGCACGCUGCUCGGGCGGUGACUGGGGCCUUGUGAGGACAAGAGUUUGGUUUUCAAAAAUGUCAAAACGCUACCAAAAACCUGCUCUGCAGAACGGCCUUCUCACUGGGGCCAGGUCCCGGGGGGAAGGGGCAGAGGGGCUCGGCGCAGCGGUGAGGGGGGGAGAGCCCCCGACCAGCCCCACUGCGUGGGUCGCUGCUGGGCAUCGCCACUUUCACGGCUCUUCACAUCUGCAACCGAGAUCUUGCAGAAAUUCAUGGCUAUUUUGAAAAUAAAUGGCCCUAGUUUGGGUAACUGACCCAGUGGGAUUUCUACAGCCCCACACACAGCCCCCCCCAAUGCCCCCCCAGCUGCGUGAGGGCGUAUCCUCGGGCUCGGGUUAUUUUCAUAAGUUUUUCUAUAGCAACUUUUUUAAUGCUAGUGCUAAGUCUUUGCCACGAUCCUAGCGCAGUGCCAUGUACUAUAGCAAGGAGUUAAAUGAUAAAAGGAAAGCAGGAACUUGGACGUAACCUUAAUUUAUUUUCAUUUUUAAAUAUUGCGUUGAAGGUCUGGCUGUUCCGUUGAGCCCGUGUCCGGCUGCUGGAUUCCUGCACCGUCCUCAUUUCCCUCCUACACUCCCCUUUCCCAUAGGUUAUUUUGUAGGAUGCUUGUUUGCCUCGUAUCUGUACUUAGGAAGAGAACUCGGAUAUUAUCUCUAUGAAGAUGCUGGUAGAAAAUGAAACCUUGAAAAGUUCUUUUUGAAUUUAAACUUUUAAUACACGUGGAAAACUUUUCUGGAUUGUUUUGGAUUAUGAUAGUCUUUUUACAAAGAUCUGUUUUUUGGUUCUAGCUGCCGCUUCAGUAGGUAGGGUUGAAAUACCAGAAGCCAAUAAAAACCUUUUGCUCCUCG